GUCACUAUUCAGCGCUGUACUCAUCAUAUAUUUUCUUUCCAGAAAUUACUUUCAUCAGCUUUUCUCCUGAGGUUCUUCGUCAAAAUUCAACUGCACGUCGCAUCUACUGAAAAUUCCUGCUCCCCUGUCCUACAUGUACACGAUUUCCGGAAACCGACUUCUGAAAGCAACACCAUGACGACUGUGGAACACAAUUACGUUGAACACCUGAAGACUGUUGGCUCGUGGUUGUUGGGACUCAGCGUUUCCCUCAUGUCAAUCCGCUCGACUUCCGACUGUGAUGCCAUUUCCGAGGCAACAUCCUGCAGUGACGCACAUUCGGAAAUCAAGAAAGACUAAUACGGUGUGCAGGGAAAUUAUUUUACAGGAAGAGCGGUCGAGAAAAUUGGGUCUUCGAAGAGAAACAUGUCGGGGUCAGUUUUCCGCAGCGAGCCAAUGUGCUUAUGUGAGCUACUUCUCGAAGUAGAUGCCGCUUAUUUUUGCGUCGCUGAACUGGGUGAGCUUGGACUGGUGCAGUUCCAAGACUUGAACAAGGAUGUGAACGCCUUUAGUCGUCGUUAUGCCCAAGAGGUCGCCAAGUGCGAUCAAUUGGAGCAGAAGCUGAAUGAACUGGAAUCUAAGGUCAGAGCUGAGGGCAUUCGUAUCCCACGAACUGGCCCUCAGGCACCCGCUGCUCCUGCUCCACAAGAACUGGACGCCAUGGUGGGGAUUUUUGAUCGACUGGCAGCGGAGCAAAAGACAGUGGAGAAAAACGCCGCCACGCUCAAAAUUCAGUACAUAGAGCUUCACGAGCUGCUCGACGUUCUAAGCGCCGCUGAAGUAAUUCUGCCUUACGAAGAAUGCGACGGGCGGGAUUAUCUCGUCGGACAAGGCUCGCUCUCGUUUCUCGCUGGGGUUUUACACACUGAGCGUUCAGCUGCUUUUGAACGCAUGAUUUGGAGAGUCUGUCGAGGCAAGGCGUUUGUGAAGACUCACAAUAUAAGCGCUGAUUGUCCUGUCAUGCCUUCCAUCGAAGGGGUAAUUAGUCAAACUCAUAUUCAUAGACAAGCGGUGCUCAAAUCAGCAGCCAGAACCCUGCGUACCUGGAGAUUGAAGGUGAUGAAAACGAAAGCAAUUUACCACGUUCUCAACGGGUUCAGGUCAAACGUGGCCAGCACGGCUUUGAUUGCAGAAUGCUGGGUUCCCAGGGACGACGUGAAGGUUGUGCAGGACGUCCUUAGGACCGGAAUGGAGAAAAGCGGAAGCCGAGUUCCACCCAUUUUGAACUGCAUUUGCACCAACGAACCUCCUCCAACUUACUUCAAAGGCCAUUGUAUAACUGAAGCCUUUCAAGAUAUGAUCGACUCAUUUGGCACUGGAUCCUACAGGGAACUCAAUCCGAGUAAGAAGUUUUUCAAAAACUACAUGGACAUCUACUGCUCUGUGAUUCCUCAGCUGUUCUUCCUGUGCUCUUUAUUCGGAUACCUCGUGUUCAUGAUCUUCAAGAAAUGGACCGUUUAUUCGAGUGAAAACUCGGCGUGUGCUCCUUCUAUUCUGAUGAUGUUUAUUGAUAUGGUGCUGAUGAAGGACGGUUCCAGACAGGAGGACUGCGAGGAACCUUAUUUGUUCACCGGACAGCUGAUGAUGCAGCACUUUCUGCUAUUCGUUGCACUUGCUUGCAUCCCCUGGCUCUUAUUCAUGAAAGCUGUGCUAACAUUGCCAAAGCAAGUCUGCAAAGAAGAAUUGCUUAUCAAGGCACGAGAUGAUUACAAAAAGACGGACGUGGAGGCUCCAAAGGAAACUAAGGAGCAAUUCGCUGACGACGACAGCAUGGGUGUUAAGGUUCAUGAGCCUGAUUCGGAUGCAGUUAUUGAGAAAUUCAUUGAAGGGAUGAUACAUGGGAUUGAAUUCGUGCUUGGAACAGUGUCCCAUAUUGCUAGCUACUUGAGGCUGUGGGCGCUUUCAUUGGCUCAUGCUCAACUGUCGGAAGUGCUGUGGAAAAUGGUGCUCUCAGUGGGAGUUAGGGCCAGUUUUAAUAGCAACAACAUGUUCUAUUCGGGUGCUCUGGUGGCUGCGACAUUUUUCCUGUGGGCCGUCUUCACCCUGGCACUGCUGGUUUGCAUGGAAGGACUAUCAGCGUAUUUGCACACCCUGAGACUCCACUGGGUCGAGUUCAUGAGCAAAUUUUAUGAAGGACAGGGCCAUGCCUUCCUGCCGUUUUGCUUCAACGCCAUGGCCAGACUCGCUGUUGACGGCUGAUGCAUGAUGUGUCACGCGUUAAAUGUACCUUUGAUUUUUUUGCUGUUUUUUCUACUGACUGUUAUGUUGAGAGAAUUUUAUUAUUGUGUGCGU